AUGGCUGGAGCCAGCUCCAUGCCAGGCCUGGCACCAGACCUGCCAGGAGCAAACUCUGGGGCCCGAGUUUGGGCAGGCAGCAGGAAGAGGACCCUCAGGCAGGAGGCCCGUCGAGGUGCCAGCUCCCAGACUGGGGUUGCUGCUGGGGCCGGCCUGGGGAUCUUGGAGCUGCAAGCUGGGGGCCGGGGCCAGGGCCAGGAUUCGAUGCAGCUGUGCACAGUGCCUGCUCAGAGGAGGGAUCAGGCCUCCAAGAGGCUCCAGGUUCCUCUGCAUGACAUCUUAACUGAAAAGUGUGCCAGGAAUCUUUGUAGCAUGCCUGGGUGUCUCCCAAAGAGAGCUAUGGUCAGCAGGGAGAGGCCGGCAGGGGUGGAGGAGGCGAGCUGCCCCAGGCCCAGAGAGGCCAGAGGUGGUGGGAUGAGUUCUCCAGGGUGUGGCGGAAGAUGUCCCACCCUCAGCAACGAGGAGCCCCCUGAAAGGGGCCUGCCAGGUUCACCAGCCCCUGCCCCCGUGAGGGCAAGAAAGAAAAGCAGGAAAUGCUGGAUGUGUUCAGAGGGUGGGGAGGGCGCUGGUGGGGGUAAGCGCCAGUGUGUGGGAGGCCCUCCCCAAGCUGCUGACCUGGAGUCCUUGGCAGGCCCCCCCAGACCCCUCUCCCCCAAAGACGCUGGGUCUGGGUCUGGAGAUCCAGGUGGACGUUGGGCGGGAUGUGCUCCAGGGACUGAGAAGUUUGGAUGUUGGCCCGCUGCAGGGGAUGGGACCCAGCCAGGCCGCCCCUGUGGCCCUGUUGGUUUCCUGGUGCCCAGUGGAGGGGAGGCCCCCAGCCCUGCACUGGGCCUGGGAGCGUCCGGACUGGCUUCUGCAGUGCAGCAAGAGGCUGAGCACGGUAUGGGGGCUGGCUCUGCUGAAGGCCUUGUGGUGUCACACGACCAGGAGGAGCUGGAGGUCAAGGCUCAGCCAGCGUCCAGGGGGAGGCCGGGGCAAGGACUCGCUGCCCCUGCAGACAUCCGCGCCAGCUCCCCAGAGCCCUUGGGCAGCCUCAGCUCCUCCCUGGAGCCCGCAGCCAGCAAGGCCUGCUCAGGCCCGUCCAUGGGGCAGAGAAGAUCCGAGUGUGCUGAGAUGGUGAAGAGGGAGCCCGUGCCUUGUGCCGGAGACCAGGAUGCAGACAGAAGCACAGACAACCCCAACCAGGAUGAGCCAGAGAAAUCCAGCCCGGGAGGCUGCCCCACACUGGAGGAAGUGAAAAUGCCCCAGGGGGUGAAGCUUGUGUGUUACCUGGGUUCCGGGGCAGUGGUCCAGCUCCUGGGGGCCAUCAGCCACAGCCAGGCAGGGGGGCAACUGCCGCCAAAGCUGAAGGCUCUGGAGGACUUGAUGGAGGUCAGCUCGUCCUCACCUGCCCGCAGGCCCAGAAGGAAGGAAAGGCCCGUGGCUCUGGGCCCUGCUAGGUGCCAGAUUUUCCAGCCGCCUCCUCCAGGAGGUGCAGCGUGGGACUCUGGGGGCCUCUCCGACCCCUUCCACCCGCUGGGAAGCUGCUCCCCGCCCCUCAAGGACCCUACCUCCGAUGCUGAGUGUCCUCAGAGUGGCCCAGUGGAGGCUGAAGAGGAGGAGCCUCUGCAAGAGGGGACAGAGGAGUCAGCUCAGCCUCAGCCCCAACAGGAGAAGCUACCCCUGGACAUCGCAGUGCGGGACAGGGUGGCCCGUGCCAUGCAGGAGGCGCUGUGGAGUCGCCUCCAGGAGCUUCCAGACCUGGCGCUGCAUGAGGAGGUGGUGGAGGGUGUCGCAGCCAGCAUCGAGGCAGCCCUCUUCAACCUGACACAAGGCACCAACUGCCGCUAUAAGACCAAGUACCGCAGCCUGCUCUUCAACCUGCGGGAUCCCAGGAACCCGGACCUGUUUCUCAAAGUGGUUCACGGAGACGUCACCCCCCAUGACCUGGUGCGGAUGAGCUCGAUGCAGCUGGCGCCCCAGGAGCUGGCCCGCUGGCGGGACCAGGAGGAGAAAAGGGGCCUGGAGAUCAUUGAGCAGCAGCAGCAGGAGCCGUGCAGACUUCCAGCCUCCAAACUGACUCACAAGGGUGAAGUGGAGAUCCAGCGGGACAUGGACCAGACGCUGACCCUGGAGGAUCUGGUGGGCCCCGCGGUGCCCAGAGACUGCAGCUCACUGCCCCCGCCUGCCACGCUAGAGGACACCACGGAGCAGCACCAGCACCACUUUCUAGACCCCAACUGCCGCAUCUGCAGAGACUGGGAGCCCUCGAGUGAGCUGCCAGCCUCCUUCAAAGCUAUCAGGAGCAGCGGGGACAAUGUCUUCCAGAGAGUCCUAAGCCUGGUUCCUGUGUCCUCUCCGGAGAUACCCAAAGCCAGGAAGAUGCUUCCCAUGGAGCCCCAGGACAGGGUCCCUCCAUCUGGGCUCCAGAUGCCUGCUGCACCCACAAAGGCCCUGCCCUGCCAGCCGCCCUGGGAGGGCACUCUGGACAUGUUCUCCAUCAAGCGGUUCCGGGUCAGGGUCCAGCUGGUCUCGGGACACAGCUGUCGGCUCCUCCAGACCCUGCCCGAGGUGAUCUGCUCAGCAGGCUGCAUCCCCACCACCACUGUCUGGGACCUUCUGGCCAGCAUCGGCCCAGCCGAGGCCAAGGAUGUCUGCGUGGUCAGACUGUGCCCACAGAGGCCACAGGACACCCAGAACUUCCACCUACUCUACUCCUACCUCAACAACAAGCAGUGCCACAGCCUGGCCGCUGUGGAGCAUGUGGGAGUGGUCCUGCUGCCCCUGCCCGCCUUCCAGCCCCUGCCCACCAGAUUGCGUCCUCUGGGAGGGCCAGGUGAGUACUCCCUUCCUGUCUCCUUCCUUCUUUUCCCAGGUCUGGAAGCUACUCACUCAAGUCUGUUGCUGGCUGUGCUGCUCCCCAAGGAGGGGCUUCCAAACACAGCAGGGUCCAGCCCUUUGUGGGGGAAGGUUCAAAAGAUGGUCUUAUUCAACAGAAACGUGGAUAUGAGAUACUACCACUCAGAGUACAGGAGGCCGCAUGUGGCCCUGAAGGGGUCCCCUCCCCAAAAGCAUACCCUGCAGCAGAGCCAGGGGAAAGGCAGUCUGUCCCCAAGGGGAAUUUCUGCUUGGCAGAGGUUCCCCAGAGGCAGGGGGAGGCUGUGGGCAGAGCCUGAAACUUGGCAGGGUCCUGGGCGAGGGUGGAGGCCCCCAGAACCAGGUUGGUGCCAGUCCCGGAAUCCCUGUUCAGCAGCACCAGCUGCCCAUGGCUUUGGCCACGGCCAGCACCUCCACAGGGCCUCCUGUCCCCACCAAGCCCUGCUCCAGCACCUCGAAUCCCUGGUGACCAUAACUCACCAACUCCAAGCCUCACUGUGGCACCCAGGCCAGGAGCUCCUUCCCCCAUCCCCUGCAGCAUCUGCCCAGCCCCCUGCAGCUCCAGAGCCCCCUGGCCCAGCCCCUGACUCUGCUUUGGACUCUACAGAUGGAGCUGGCUAGACUGUCCCCUCCCUAGAGAGGCCUGACCCUCCUUACCCACCAGAACAGGGACUUUGAUUCCCUCACCAGUGCUGAACCCUGACCUGUUCCAGAGAGAGAUGGUGUGGAGGGAGGGAAGGGUCACUUCUACCCACC